AUGCACGUAGUGCUGUUCAUUUCUCUUCUUAUCUCAACAAUCAAUGGUCUUAUCAUCAGUCAAAUUCGUCGAUCUUCUCUCUUUAUCACCAAUUCUUCUUGUGCUUUGGUUUUGAACGUCACUUUACCAGUUGGUUCAUCGAUUCAAACUUGUAUUUGGAAAUGUAAUCAUGAAGAUCAAUGUCAAACAGGUGUUUAUUAUCAUGAAAAUCGAACUUGUUUGCUAUUUAGCGAAGAUUGUCAAUCAGGUAAAAUAACAUCAUCCGGAAAUGUUCAAACGAGUGUUAUUUGUCAUCGAAGAAAUCAAGGAUCGAAUAAUCAAUGUUCUCGUCGAAACUGGACAAUGACUGGAAAUAUGAAUAUUAGGCGACAUAGGCAUACAGCAUCGAUGUUAUCAAAUGGAAGGAUAUUAGUCACUGGUGGGCUGAAUGUUAACACUAAUCUGAACAGUGCUGAACUAUAUGAUCCGUCAGCUGGUAAUUGGACAAUGACUGGAAAUAUGAAUGUUGCCCGGUAUGCUCAUACAACAACUGUGCUACCGAAUGGGAAAGUAUUAGUGACUGGUGGGCUUAAUGCCGGUCCUCUCAAAAGUGCUGAACUAUAUGAUCCGUUAACCGGUAACUGGACAACGACUGGAAAUAUGAAUGUUGCACGACAAGAUCACACAACAUCAGUGUUAUCAAAUGGAAAAGUAUUAGUUAGCGGUGGAUGGGGUGCUGGGGGUGCUCAGAACAGUGCUGAGUUGUAUGAUCCAUCAAGCGGUACCUGGACAAUGAUUGCAAAUAUGAGCAUUGGACGUCAAUUUGCCACAGCAUCGAUUCUAGCAAAUCGAACAGUAAUUGUCCUUGGUGGAUGGACUGGUGCUACUUAUUUGAAUAGUGCUGAAUUAUACGACCCAUUAAUAGGUAAUUGGACGCUGACUGGAAGUAUGAAUGAUGUCCGAAAAGAUCAUACAGCCUCAAUAUUAUCAAACGGCAAAGUAUUAAUUACCGGUGGAUUAAGUAACAAUUAUCUCAAGAGUGUUGAAUUAUAUGACCUAUCAACUGGAAAUUGGACAACAACUGCAAAUAUGAAUAUUGAACGUUCUCAACACACUGCAUCGAUACUUGCCAAUGGAAAAAUAUUAGUUGCCGGUGGUUACAAUGGUAGCAGUUCUAUCAACACCGCUGAAUUAUAUUAA